CGCAGCCCGAGCGGGAGCGCCGAGACGCGCCUCCGGAACGUAGAGUAACAAUCACAACCUCACAUUCCGGGCGAGCGCGAGCGGGAAGGGAUGCGACCCGGGCCGAGGCGCCGCGCUAGCGCCCUGCAGCCAAUGUGAGCGCCGCCAACCGCGCGGCCCGGGCGCCGGCCAGGCCCGGGGCGACGGGAGCCUGCGUGCGUGCACUCCUCUCCUCUCGUGCGUCCUGGAAGCAGUGGCCGCGGCGGCUCCCUCCGGCCGCGCAAAGCCAGCCUCCGCCAGCGGACCGGCCGACGCUGCGGAGGGGAGAAGCGCCUCUCUCGGCUGCCACCACCCCUCCCUCCCCGGCCCUUCGGGAAAGCAGCAGCUUCAACAAGAUUGGACCUGGGCACCGGGUGGCACCGAGCCCUCUAGCCCUCGCCCCAGGGAGCCUGGCGGGGAGAGGACGCAGCUCGUAGGGGUAUCCCUUGGCGAGUGAAAGAGGCAACCCUAUUCGACCUUCCACGCACCAGCCACUUCGGGGAGGGGGCUCAAGAGGCAGCGGCGGCCGGGCACCCGCCCCCUCCCCCCGGGUCGGAGCUUCCAGCCUGGGUCUCCGGUACCAGGAAGAAGGCGCCUGAGCUCCCCUCCCCAACGAGACAGCCGCAGUAGGAGGUGGGGGUGAGGAGCAGGCGGCCGCCCGGCGGCUAAGCCCCCGCGGAGAGGCGCUACGCCGGCGGUGGAGACGCGCGCUCCUUCCAGCCCCUGGGGCAGAACUUUCUCGCCCUCCUCCUCCCUCCCCCGCAGCCGGACUCCCUCCGCAGCCGAGCGGUCGUCCCGGAGGAGAAGGCGCCGCGGAGACAACCCGGGCAGCGGCCUACCUUCCCCUGGGCCGGCAACAUGUCCGCGGCGCAGGUGUCCUCGUCCCGGAGACAAUCUUGCUACCUGUGCGACCUGCCCCGCAUGCCCUGGGCCAUGAUCUGGGACUUCUCGGAACCCGUGUGCCGCGGCUGCGUCAACUAUGAGGGCGCCGAUCGCAUCGAAUUCGUGAUCGAAACUGCGCGCCAACUAAAGCGGGCGCACGGCUGCUUCCAGGACGGCCGUUCCCCGGGGCCGCCGCCGCCCGUCGGGGUCAAGACAGUGGCCCUGUCGGCCAAGGAGGCGGCGGCAGCCGCCGCAGCAGCAGCCGCGGCACAGCAACAGCAACAGCAGCAGCAACAACAGCAGCAGCAACAGCUCAACCACGUCGACGGUUCCAGCAAACCUGCAGUGUUGGCGGCCCCGUCCGGCCUGGAGCGCUAUGGCCUGAGUGCUGCCGCAGCCGCAGCCGCCGCUGCCGCCGCCGCGGAACAGCGCAGCCGCUUCGAGUACCCCCCGCCGCCGGUGAGCCUGGGAAGCGGCAGCCACGCUGCGCGGCUGCCCAACGGCCUGGGGGGGCCCAACGGCUUCCCCAAACCAACCACGGAAGAGGGACCCCCAGAACUGAACCGCCAGAGUCCCAAUUCGUCCUCAGCUGCGGCGUCGGUGGCAUCUCGGCGGGGGACGCACAGUGGGUUGGUGGCAGGGCUGCCCAACCCAGGAGGUGGCGGAGGGCCCCAGCUCACAGUGCCCCCCAACCUGCUGCCGCAGACGCUGCUUAACGGACCUGCCAGCGCCGCUGUGCUGCCCCCACCACCGCCCCACGGGCUGAGCAGCCGUGGGCCCCCGACGCCCGCGCCCCCAGGGGCUCCCGGGGGUCCUGCUUGUCUCGGGGGCACCCCAGGCGUGCCGGCCGCAUCGUCUUCGGCGUCGUCUUCGACCUCGUCGUCGGUGGCAGAGGUGGGCGUGGGCGCCAGUGCCAAAAGGCCUGGGUCAGUGUCAAGCACUGACCAGGAGCGCGAGCUCAAGGAGAAGCAGCGCAACGCCGAGGCCCUGGCCGAGCUGAGCGAGAGCCUGCGCAACCGCGCCGAGGAGUGGGCCAACAAGCCCAAGAUGGUCCGCGACACGCUGCUCACGCUGGCGGGCUGCACGCCCUAUGAGGUGCGUUUCAAGAAGGACCACUCGCUGCUGGGCCGCGUCUUCGCCUUCGACGCCGUGUCCAAGCCCGGCAUGGACUACGAGCUGAAGCUGUUCAUUGAGUACCCCACGGGUUCGGGCAACGUGUACUCCAGCGCGUCUGGGGUGGCCAAGCAGAUGUACCAGGACUGCAUGAAGGACUUUGGCCGGGGACUGUCCUCAGGCUUCAAGUACCUGGAGUAUGAGAAGAAGCAUGGUUCCGGGGACUGGCGUCUGCUGGGGGACCUGCUGCCUGAGGCCGUGCGCUUCUUCAAGGAGGGCGUGCCCGGCGCGGACAUGCUGCCCCAACCCUACCUGGACGCCAGCUGCCCCAUGCUGCCCACGGCGCUGGUGAGCCUAAGCCGCGCCCCCAGCGCACCACCUGGCACCGGGGCCCUGCCGCCUGCUGCCCCUCCAGGUCGGGGUGCAGCCUCCAGCCUGCGCAAGAGGAAGGCAUCCCCCGAGCCCCCGGACUCGGCCGAGGGGGCGCUGAAGUUGGGCGAGGAGCAACAGAGGCAGCAGUGGAUGACGAACCAGAGCGAGGCGUUGAAGCUCACCAUGUCGGCGGGGGGCUUUGCAGCUCCGGGGCACGCAGCUGGGGGGCCGCCCCCACCCCUGGGACCCCAUUCCAAUCGGACCACCCCACCUGAGUCAGCCCCCCAGAAUGGCCCAUCCCCCAUGGCCGCCCUUAUGUCGGUGGCGGACACUCUGGGCACGGCCCACUCACCCAAGGAUGGCAGCUCCGUGCACUCGACCACCGCGUCAUCGCGGCGCAACAGCAGCAGCCCCGUGUCACCGGCCUCCGUGCCUGGGCAACGCCGCUUGACAUCACGUAACGGGGACCUGAAUUUGCAGGUGGCUCCCCCGCCUCCCAGCGCCCACCCUGGCAUGGACCAAGUGCAUCCCCAAAACAUUCCGGAUUCCCCCAUGGCCAACAGCGGGCCCCUCUGCUGUACCAUUUGUCACGAACGUUUGGAGGACACGCAUUUCGUUCAGUGCCCAUCAGUCCCCAGCCACAAAUUUUGCUUCCCUUGCUCCAGAGAAAGCAUCAAGGCGCAGGGGGCCACGGGCGAGGUGUACUGCCCCAGCGGAGAGAAAUGCCCCCUGGUCGGGUCAAAUGUACCUUGGGCCUUCAUGCAGGGCGAAAUCGCGACUAUCUUAGCCGGAGAUGUUAAAGUGAAAAAGGAGAGAGACCCUUGAACCACAGGACAGCCUCUUUUGCCCUAGACCAGCUCCUCUCCAAUCCAGAGGGCCCCUCCCCCACCCUUCCUUCUUCCUUCCCUCCCUCCCCUUCCCCCAAAAUGUAGAAUUGUGAAUAUAACAAACUGCAAAAAGUUAGUCUUAUGUAUAGACAUUAUUUUCGUCGUAUGUUUCUAUAUUUUGAAACAAAGGUAUGUAACUUCUUCAUUUGAAGGAUAAGCUGGUUUGUGUUAAGCAGUAUAUUGGUUGGGUCAUUUGCAUCAUACUCGUUAGCAUUUAUUUGGUGGCAGAGUGUUUGCCUAGGUACAGAAUUAAUAACCCUUAGCAACGACUGCUGCUGGUGUGUAUUUUUUAAAUGUUAUGCACUCUGAAAGGAAAAAAAGACAACACAAAAGAAAAAAGACUUUUUCCCCCCAAGGCCAGUGUUGCUGCCUAAAGAAAAAAAAAUUUAAAAAAAAUUAAAAAGAAAAAAAAAGAUGCUAUAAAAAAUGGUGAAAGCUUCUUAAGCAACCCUCAGUGUUGAGUCUUCACUUUACUUUUUGUUUUUUCUGUUUGCAAAAUGGUGAGGGGAGUGUGGGGGGGCCGGGGUGUUUUUCGUUGCAAGUUUGUGAGGGAAAUGUUUCGGUUUGUUUCUCCUGAUCUGAAUGUGUUGGAUCUUCACGUGUUUUGUUUUUUGCUUUAUUGAUGCACGGAUGCUUUUGAACAGUAGAGCGAAACGCUAGACAUGGAGAAUCUGCUCUGUUUGUCCUUUAUACAUUUCUGUAGUUAACAGAACACUGUAAUGUGCCUUGGAGCUUAGUAACUUGUAAUAAAUUCAAUUGAUAUUAA